AAAGGUUAUAGUGUAACAUAAAAAUAAAAGAUUUAUCAAAAAAAAAAAAAACAUAAAAAUAAAAGCAUACCUUUGUUUUCCUUUGUGGCUAAGUUAUGAAGGUGUGGUGUCACAUUCCAUAAGAAUGCCUUUUAUAUUACUUCAAAGCCCAUAAAUUCAUAAAGAACUCUCUUUAUGUUAAAACCAUAAAUUUAUGUUCGUUCACUUUUGGCUAGUCAUCAUUAACCCAUAAACCUACUCGUAAUCAAUAAUCAUUUUCCUUUGAAGUUUUAACAGAUUUUUACUUUUUAAACUAAUGAAAAUUUUGACAACCCGUCUGUUUUCUUCUUGCCGACAAGUCUCUCUUCUCGGAUAAUGAACGUGGCCCAAUAACAAAAAGAAUUAGAAAUCAAGUUUAAGCAGUAGGCCCAAUAAAGCUUAUCUCUAGCCCAAUAUCAAUUUCCCAAAGAGCAAAUCGCCGGUUUCAUAGACCUCCGCGACUCGGGUGUAUCAAUCCCCAAUCCUGAAUACCCAAAUGCUUAACUGAGUCAACUCGACCGCCUCACAUCCCAACGAAAGACGCUAGUUUUGGAAUGGCACCAUCACGUAACGUCAUUGUAGCCACGGGUCUGGUUGUUUUCGCAUCUGCAGGCUUAGCUUUCCCCUUUUACAUGGCAUCGUCAAAGAAACCAGUGAUUGAUCCAACAAAACCGCUACCUCCUCAAGCAACUUUUAGAGGACCUUACAUCAACACUGGUUCUCGCGAUGUUGGUCCUGACCAUCGAACCUACCCAAAGAAAUAAUCCUCAUCGAGUCAAGACACACAAACUGUAAUCAUGAGUUUUCAUUGGGUCCCUUAAACACAAGAAGUCCAGUCUAGCCAUUGAGAUGGUUUUGAUUAAUAGCUCGAGGAUUUGAAUAUAGUAUAAUGUCACCAUAAACCAUUUUCAUCAUUGCGAUUUUGAGUUUGCUUGAAUACGUUAUUUUGUAUUAUGUUAUUGAAGUUCGAACAAGCCACCUUUUAUCUA